AACCUCCUUAAGUCCUUUGUGUUUAAGCCCGCACCAGUUGGCUGCAGUUGUGUGAGGGAAGAACAGCAAGACGAGAGUAUAGGGCGUGCUUUUUAAAAGAAAUUAUUUUGUCAACAGUUUAAUUUUUGGGACAGCAUUAUGACCGACAAAAUGGAUAUGUCUUUAGACGACAUUAUCAAACAGAACAGGCAGCAGAGAGGUGGCGGCAGGGGUGGAAGAGGCCGAGGCCGCGGAGGCCCUGGCGGCGGCCGAGGAGGAGGCGCUGCGCGCCUUGGAGUAAGCGGCGGAGGAUUUGGAGGCCGAGGCGGAGGAUCCGGCCCCAUGAGGAGCCGUCAAAACCUGAACCGCGCUAGAGGCAGACCGACGCCAUACAGCAGGCCCAAACAGCUCCCAGAUAAGUGGCAACACGACAUGUUUGACAACGGCUUCAGCGGAUUCAACGGCACUGCUGGCAGCGGCGGAGCUGGUGUGGAAACCGGAGGGAAGCUCCUUGUCUCCAACCUUGAUUUUGGUGUUUCAGAUGCUGAUAUUCAGGAACUUUUUGCUGAGUUUGGGACGUUGAAAAAGGCUGCGGUCCAUUAUGAUCGUUCAGGAAGAAGCCUAGGAACGGCAGAUGUCCACUUUGAAAGAAGGGCAGAUGCGCUCAAGGCCAUGAAACAGUACAAUGGCAUCCCGCUGGAUGGGAGGCCCAUGAACAUACAGCUCGUCACAUCACAGAUUGAUACACAGAGGCGGCCAAUGCAAGGCAUGAACAGAGGUGGUGGUAUGAACAGAAACCGCGGGAGCAACUUUGGCGGCAUGCAGAGGGGACGUGCUGGAGGACGGGGUGCAGGCGGCUUCAGGGGACGGGGUCGAGGUGGCCGAGGGGCUGGUGGCAAGCAGCAACUCUCUGCAGAAGAACUCGACGCCCAGUUAGACGCCUACAAUGCAAGAAUGGACACCAGCUAAGAAGUCUUGCUGUUCUCCUGUUGGUCGUCCUUCCCUGUCUGCACAGAAGGAUGUCUGUUACAAUAGUGCAGAUUGUUUUACAUACACAUGGUUGUCCUGAUGUGAUUGAUCAUUGCUCCAGCCUCUUUUAACUGCUCUGAAGUGUUUUAUACUUUUUUUUCUCUCCUUUUCUGAUGAAAAUGGUUUUGUCUGUAGGUUGAAAGUUGAAAUUUCCAAGUCCAUUCCUCAAAACUUGUAGUAAAUGAAACUUGUAAUAAAACCUGCAGUGUAUAUUAACCAUA